AAGACAAAGACAGCACCACAAGGGAUAGGAGCAGAGAACUGGUAUUAUUCUUCUUGAAGUUGCCUUUACCAGAAAUUCUAGUCCUUACUUUCCCAAAAAAUGCUUCUAAGAAUCUGCUCCACAGUUUUUGGUCUUCCAUUAUGCUUAAUCUCAUUUCUAGCUCUCCAUACAUUGUAGACACUGGAGCUCAAAACCAGCCUACAGAGAACACUGCUCAGCUUCUUCGAAAUCCACUUCCUACUACCUUCCUCUUGGACAGGCCUCAAAAAAUAAGACUCUAUACUCCAAUUGCGGAUUUGGUACCCUGCGAGGCUCGCCCGACGAGAACGUGCGCUAAACGCAAGGGUAAAGAGAAAGUGGGUGAAGCUUCGAGGAGGCCCAGACCUUCCUCCGAUACGCGACCGAUCGAAACCGAGGGGCAGCAACCGGCCUUGAACGUGGAGCAUCAGCCAGCCCGGGCUGUCGAAGCGGGGACUUCUCGGCUAUGCCGCUUCAUCAGUUCUAUGCGGGAAGGGUUACUGGGAUGCCCCGAAGUUGUCGCUGCCGUUGAGGCUGUCGCCCCUUUCCUGGAAGAGCAUAUGCCUGGUGUUGGGAUGACGACUCCCGAGAUAGUUCCGUGGAUCAUUCUUUACGCCGAAACGGAGGUAAGGUCCACUCCCUCGCCCGAGAUGCAGGCCCGAAUAAGGCACCUUGAGACUGAAAUCUCUCGGCUCAAAGAUUCGGAGGCUGAGGUAGAGCAUCUGAAGAGUGGCCUUGAGGCUCGGGUGACUCGAGAUGAACAGCUCGAGGCUAGUCAAAAGCAGCUCCAGAAGCAGGUAGAAGAGCUACAAGCCAAGCCUUCCGAAUUCGAGGAUAAAUUUGUUAGGCUGCUGGGUGAGCUGACCAAGGCCAAGGUGCUUCUUCCGGCGGAACUUGGUGCAGCUCGACCGCGGGGGGUAGAGCAGCAGAAGGAGGCUGCGAUGCGGUACAAGAAGAUUCGGAAGAAGUGCCACCACUUCAAGUCCAAGGCGAAGAGUUUACGGAAGCAGCUCGCCUUGGUGCCGUGGUUCGGGAAAUAUCAGUUGGGGCCGAGGCGCCAAUUGGGGGUUUGAGACUUUUAGACUUAUGGUCAAGAAGAGUGAUUUUAAGAAUAGGGAUUUUAAGUUUGACCCCGACUCUGCGAGCAAUGCCCGUGACUAUUUACCGGACUUAGCAGCUCGCGAGCUCCUCACAGUAGGGAUGAAGAUCUUUCCGGACGUCCCGGAAUGGGGUGAGAACGCUAUGAAACCUGAUGAGAAUGCUCAUGUUUCCGAACCUUCUUCCGAGUUUACUCCGGGUCCCGAAGAUGAAAGUUCCGAAGGUGAAGACUCGUAGAUAGCAAAACUCCAGAAGCACACUGAAACGACACCUGCGAAGUAAAGGAGUAGGACAUGGAGAGCAGCAACAGCGAUAGUAGCAGUAAUAGGGUGCCGCUGUCGGAGGUGGUGUUGGAGUGCGUGAAGCGGUGGUUCAAGUACAUGCUCAUGGAAGCCAGGGCUGGUGAUAUCAACAUGCAGAUCUUACUGUGUCAGAUGUAUUUACAGUGGUUAUGGCGUUCCCAGAGAUGCCCAGAAGGUUCAUAAUCUUUCUUUUCGUUGUUGGGGUUUGGUGGGUCUUAACUUUUUUCUGAAUUGUUGGGAUUGUUGGAUUAGAUUGUACUUUUCUUUUUUUGUUUAUUUGUUUUUGAAUUUUGUGGGUGAAUGAGUAAAAUAGGUUUCAAAGCA